AUGGCUUUGGGCGUCGUCUUGAAGAUUGUUCUCGUUGGUCUGGGACUAUACUUUCUCAGAUCACGACUCCUUCAAUUGAAGAAUGGCAAGCAAGCACCGCUGCCCCCGGGGCCGAAACCAAGCUUUUUGGUUGGGAAUCUGUCAGAUCUCCCGAGAGACGGCGAGUUGGAGUUUAUCCAUUGGCUCAAGCACAAGGAUCUAUAUGGACCAAUUAGUUCGGUGACUGUCAUGGGCCAAACAAUUGUCAUUAUCAAUGAGGCUCGGAUAGCAUUUGAACUUCUGGAGAAGCGAUCCUCCAAGCACUCGUCUCGACCAAAGCAGAUUUUCGCUGGCUGGGAAAACUCGCUUGGCGGGUCCCCGUACUCGAAUCAAUUUCGUGCGCAUCGCAAGUACAUGUCGCGUAUCAUUGGCUCCAAGAAUGUUGCUGCGCAAUUCAAUGACUUGCAGGUGGUUGAAGUCGGUCAUUUCUUAUUGCGGGUGCUUGAGAACCCGGAUGGUUUGGUUGAGCACAUUCGAAAGGAAGCUGGAGCAGUUAUCUUGAAGAUUAUCUAUGGAUACACCGUUGAACCGCAUGACAAGGAUGCUCUUGUAGAUCUGAUCGGUGAAGCUAUGGACCAAUUCGGUCAGGCGGCAGUUCCUGGAGCGUGGCUGGUGGACAUCAUGCCUUUCAUGAGGCAUCUGCCCGACUGGUUCCCUGGGACUGGAUUCAAGCGUACAGCGGAGAAAUGGAAGAACACAUUGAUUGAGACAGCUGACAAGCCAUUUGCGUUCGUUAAGCACCAGAUGGCACGCGGUCAGAAUGAGAUAUCUUUUCUCUCGCGCCUGCUGGAGCAGGGAGAUCUCAGCCCCGAGAACUCUCUGGUCAAGUGGUCUGCGUUGUCUCUCUAUGCUGGUGGGGCAGAUACUACCGUCUCAUCUCUAGCAUGGUUCUUCCUCGCCAUGACCGUGUACCCAGAAGUGCAGCGGAAAGCGCAAGAGGAGAUUGACCGAGUCAUCGGCAGUGAAAGGCUCCCCGGAUUCGAAGACCGAGAGAACCUGCCUUAUAUAGAUGCGAUCGUGAAAGAGAUUCUCCGGUGGAACCCGGUUGGACCGAUGGGACUGCCCCAUAUGACGACGGAGGAUGAUAUUUACGAAGGAUAUCUCAUCCCGAAAGGGGCAGUCAUCCUUGCUAACAUCUGGUACUUCUGUCAUGAUCCCUCGAUAUACCAUGACCCGAUGGCUUUCAAACCCGAACGCUACCUCUCCCCAACCCCCGAGCCAGACCCUCACAGCCUCGCAUUUGGAUUCGGUCGUCGUGUCUGUCCCGGGCGGAUCCUCGCAGAGAACUCACUGUACCUUAGCAUCGUGCAAUCCCUCGCUGUAUUCAAGAUCAGCAAAGCCGUCGAUCAGACGGGCAAGGAAAUCGACCCCGUCGUCAGCCCUCAAGCGGGAAUCGUUUGCCAUCCGAACCCGUUCAAGACGAAUAUCAAGCCGCGGAGCGAGAGGCACGAGACACUUAUUCAAUCCAUAGAGCAGAUCCAUCCGUGGCAGGAGAGCGAUGCGAAUGUCCUGGAGGGAAUCAAGAUAUUGAAUUGAUGUUGAAUCUGGUUUAUGGGAAUAGAGUGUAAGGUAUGGAUGAUAAUUGGGUGGAGGGUUUGAUUGUUUUGGAUCUGGAUACCUGGAUAAGUACUUGGAUAACAUGGGACAGGUACAUUUGGGGGACUAGAGUUUCAUUGUACAUACAUACAUUAUCAGACUUAGGGGCCAGACCUCUAAGGAGUUCUCCUUUUUGGUCUAGUCGUGCAGUCGACUUCCGUCUACAUAUAUAAUAAUGACAUACAUUCGCUCAGAGCCAGCAG